AUGGCUAUUUGCUUGGAUUGGGGCAUUCGGGGGGAUCUCUUGAUCGAAGCGAUCAUGUCUACCAAUACGGCAUUCCGAGAUGUCUACCACUCUCCGCUCAUUAUUACGUCCUUCGGUGCCUCGGCAGUACUCCUCUUCGGGGUAAUCGAGUCACCAGUCGCUCAACCGCGGAAUUUCUUGGGCGGGCACUUUCUCUCUGCUUUAGUUGGAACAUGCAUCACGCGUUUGUUCGUGCUAAAUCGCCAAUACCAAGGCUAUCUUGACAAUACGAAUUUUCAUCCCUCCACGUUCAUCAACGGAGGAAUUUCGAUGGCGACAUCGUUACUGGUGAUGUUAAUCACAAAAACCGCUCAUCCUCCAGCGGGAGCAACAGGUCUCAAUGCGGCAGUCGAAUCGGCAGUAGUAACCCUGUCCUGGCGCUAUCUUCCCGUUAUCAUUGCCUCCUCUUUGAUUAUGUUUGGAUGGGCUCUUCUCAUCAAUAACCUCGGACGUCGUCGCUAUCUGUUACACUGGUGGGCUGCGGGGCAAACUUUUGUUCGAGAGCCGGAAGAUGUGCACGAUGAGGAGGCCCUCGAACAAGUUGAGGAGGGUGAAAUUGAAAGAGAGCUGACGGAAGAAGGUGAUCUGGCGGCCGAAAGUGACGAUACCCGUUCUAGGCUCUCGGAGGUCCGUUCCAGGCUCUCGGAAGCCCGUUCCAGGGACUCAGAGACUCAUUCAAGGCACUCGGAACCUAAGUCGGGCCCGGCUGAAAACACUGGAGCCUCAAAGGGAGGCACGCAUACUGAAUAA